AUCCAAAUGUCAAUUCCAACGGAGGCAGCAUCAGUCUGGGCCCAGCCGUGUGUGACGUGAGCGAGUGAAACAACGAGAGAGUGAAAGACAGAGAGAGAGGAAGAGAAGGAGGAGGGGUCUCUCCGAUGAUAACCCUGAGUGUACCAUACAUGGCUCUCUGGUAGCCACCAUUUUAAAUUGGCCCUUACAGUGCACUGCGGCGGCUGACUGAGAGUGAAAAUGUGAUGAGCUUUGCUAUCAUCCCCGUAGCGAGCUAGUGAGUGUGGAUGGCGGCUGGUGAAGGAGGCACAUUGCUUAAUGAGACCAUUGCUCUUGUGUUAGGACGCUUAGGACAGGCAAUUACGGAGGAAUUACCACCAGAGGCCUUCUCCAGCACUGCUGCUGCUGCCGCUCCACCACUGCUUACUGCUGGAGCAGCGAACUAAGCAUUCACAGCUGGUCACAGAACUUUUUUAUUCUGGUGGAUUUUUACUAUUUUUGUUCUUUUUUUUCUUUUUUGCUACUGGCUGUUGUGAUUGUCAUUUGUCGUUCUUUUAACGACAGCUCCAUCAGUUCUGACCUAUCGUUUAUAAUGGAGCUACAUCCAUUGCGCGUGUGGAAUAAGGACUGGGCCUCUUUCCUCAGGCCAUGGAUACCCAUACUGCUGGGCCUGCACAUGCAGUUCUCCCGGGCGUCCGGCUCAAGCUGCCCAGAGGAGUGCCGCUGUGACAGGACCUUUGUUUACUGCAACGAGAGGAGCCUGACCUCGGUGCCUCUAGGGAUCGGAGAGGGCUACAAGACCCUCUACCUCCACAACAACCAGAUCAACAAUGCCGGCUUCCCCUCGGAGCUUCACAACGUCGCCUCCGUGGAGACUGUCUAUCUCUAUGGUAACCAGCUAGACGAGUUUCCCAUCAACCUGCCCAAGAACGUACGGGUACUGCACCUGCAGGAGAACAACAUCCAGACCAUCUCCAGGGCCGCGCUGGCUCAGCUGCUGUGGCUGGAGGAGCUCCACCUGGACGAUAACUCUAUCUCCACAGUUGGGGUGGAAGAAGGGGCAUUCAGGGAGGCCGUCAGCCUCAAGAUGCUUUUCCUCACCAAGAACCACCUGAGCAGUGUCCCUAUUGGUCUCCCUGAGGACCUCAAAGAGUUGCGAUUGGACGAGAACCGGAUUGCAGUGAUCACCGAGGAGGCGCUCAGGAAUGUGACGAGGUUAGAGCGCCUCCUACUGGACGGGAACCUGCUGACGGACGAGGGUGUGGCCCCUGGAACCUUCCAGGACCUGGUGACACUACGGGAGCUGUCUCUGGCGCGGAACUCCCUCACCUACCCGCCCCCGCUUCUCCCAGGGGAUGUUCUGGUGAAGCUGAACUUUCAGGAUAAUCAGAUGAAUGAGAUCCCUGUGACGGCCUUCGCGGGGCUGAGAAAGCUGGAGAGGCUAGAUAUUUCCAACAACCAGCUGCAGUCCCUGACAGAGGGGGUCUUUGAUGGCCUCGUCAGCCUCAGACAGCUCACUGUUCGUAACAACCUUUGGCUGUGUGACUGCAGCAUUAACUGGGUCAUACUGUGGUUAAAGUCUCUGCCAGUCUCCCUCAACGUGCGCGGCUUCAUGUGCCAGAAGCCCGAAACUGUCCGGGGCAUGGUAAUCAGAGAGCUGAACACCGAGCUUAUCCAGUGCCCUCGCAGCACCACGGUUGCCCUGCUGCCCACCCACUUGCCCCCCACCUUGCCAGGCCUCACCACCCGCUUCCCUCCCUCCUCCACAGGCUACCCCUCAGACACUGAGUCUCUCUCUCCCCCAUCCAGGCUCCCCUUCUCACCCACACACCACCCCCCCCUCCUCCCCUCCUCCCCUCCCAGAGAUGGGGAACAGAGGACUAACCUGCCGCCCCUGGAUCCUGAGCGGGAGACCCUGCAGAUCAAGUUCACCAUACUCAAUGGUUCAGCCAUCCACGUCAGCUGGGUGGCCUCCUUUCCUGUCACAGCCUACAAGGUCACCUGGGCCAAGAUGGGUCCCAGCCUGUCGGGAGACACCGUGAGGGAGAGGAUGGUGGGAGGGGAGCACCGGGGCAUAAGGUUGGUCAACCUCAAGCCUAAGUCCACCUACCGGAUCUGUGUCAUCCCGUUGGAUGCGUUCAAUAACUACCGGCCCAAGGAUGAUACAGUGUGUUCAGAGGCUGUGACUAAGCCGGUCUCCUAUGGCCAAGGUAAUAAUACAGGGCCACCGGGGCCGGAGCAGGCCACCCAGCAGGACCUCAGUUCUCCCUUUCUUCUGGCUGGCCUCAUCGGAGGGGCCGUGAUCAUAGUUCUGGUGCUUCUCCUUAGCAUAUUCUGCUGGCACAUGCACAAGAAGGGUCGGUCGUCCUCGGCCAAGUGGAAAUACAAUAAGGGCAGGAGAAAAGACGACUACUGCGAGGCAGGAACCAAAAAGGAUAACUCUAUACUGGAAAUGACUGAGACCAGCUUCCAGAUAGCGUCCCUGAACAACGAGCAGCUCCUCAAGGGAGACUACCGCAUACAGCCCAUUUAUACCCCUAAUGGGGGCAUUGGCUUCAGAGACUGCCCUCUGGGAAGCAAUAGCACAGUAUACUGCAAGAACAAUGUUCAAGCAGACGCAGACUUUUGCCGUACAUGAUGGUUUUGCAUAGCAGAGUGUUAUAGAACCCCCUUUGUAUUAACAAAUACACUUAAAUACAUACAGUACACUGAACAGUAUAUUUCAAAGACCUCUGUGUCUGCAAUGUAAUUUAUACACCGGCUGGGCUAUAAUGUUGAAUUCAGCUAACUUUUAUAUUCCCUUAGUAAAAAAUGCUAAUUGAUUUAUAAGUUAUUGAUUUCUCAAAGUUGUGUAACUCGGUUCUGUGCAGCCAGUUCUUUACAAUCAGAGCUUUCUCUCAUCAUCUUAUAUUUUGAGCUCCAUAAAGAUUGGGCCAUGUGGAAGUCAUAUGAUAGUCAGACGGUCUACUCAUUCCUAUAAAAAUAGCCUAGCCAGUAAUGAGUCUAACAUGCACAAUGUCCAUAACAGAUAUAGCUACAUCCCAUGUUUUGGCAAUGGAAAUUAAAACAAAUAGGGUUUAUGUCAGAGACUUGAUGUGGCAACUCAAUGUGACAGAGAGAACCAACCAUUCAGGAAAUGAUCUUUGGAGGUAAAUAUUUUCUCACAGUAAGGAUUUGAGAGAGAAUGGGAGAGAGUGCGGGAAGGAGAGAGGAAGGGGAGGGGAAGAGAGAGGGAAAGAGGGAGAGAAUCUUUUCAUUCAAAUGUACCACAAGAGGGCAGAACUUUUCAUGAUUGUCAAUGAUUCAUUCAUGAUUCUUUCUCUUUUUAUUUGCUUGGACAUUGCCGAGUACUGAAUAGUAGUUCUGCCUAUGUAGUAAUACUGCAGUGAGUGUCUCUCUUUCAUCAUCUCAACUACAUAACAAAGACACAUUUCUAUGAACACAGUGUUGAGAAGUGUUGGUCAAAUGGCUGCAUGGAUUCCAGGGCUGGUAUACAUAGUGUCUCAGAUCAGAUGUGCUGAUCUAGGAUCAUCAUGCCCAC